CAUGUUCAUUCCUACAAGUAGAAACAUGUUAAAAUUUCUCUUGUUUUGUAUUUGUUAGGAAAUUUAAGGGUUCUGGGGUUUUGUAGGGGUUCUGCUUCUGCAGUCACAAGACCAAACUCAGAAUAUCAAGUUGUUAGUGGCAAUGGAGCACGGCGCGUUUGGGGAUCAAAGUAAUGCCACGUUUUCUUUGACUGAAGAGGAUCAUACUCUUGCUAAUGCUGUUAGAUUCACCUUAAAUCAAGAUCCAAGAGUAACGUUCUGUGGGUACAGCAUUCCUCAUCCUUCAGAUGCUCGAGUCAACAUUAGAGUCCAGACAACAGGCGAUCCGGCAAGAGAGGUAUUGAAAGAUGCUUGUCAAGAUUUGAUGCUAAUGUGCCAGCAUGUAAGGAGCACUUUUGACAAGGCUGUUGCUGAUUUUAAAACAAGUGAACGUGGGCAAGCAAUGAACAUUGAUUCAGAAGAGUGAUUAAGUCUUGACAUGUAGAGUCCAUAUUAUUUCUUCGUUAUAGACAAAUGUGAUAUUACUAUUUGAUAAUCGAAUGAAUGUUUUCAUUA